UGUCGCUUCCCCUCACUCCAGUCCACCCCACCUAUCAGUCUAAAGUGGCAACCCGUCAAGUGGCACAUAUCGUACUUUGUGAGUAAUUCUGUCUACAACUCCAACUCAAUCUCCCUACGCGCAAUGAUAAAAUGCCGAUCUCGGGUAUCGCAUCGCAUCCUACACCAAAAAAAAAUAAAUAAAAAAAUAAGCAGUGGAAAUGCCACCCCACACUGGGUCAUCAAAAAGAAAAUCGAUCAUAUUCCAGCCGUAGAAGAACACCAUACACCCGUGCAGAAACCCCACCUCCAAGGCUAUACGAAGGCAUUUCAGGCGAUGAACUCCAUGGACGAACCGAGAACUAACGACAAACGAACAAGGACAAUGCACCAAGAAAACACAACCGAUGCCACAUGCUAUGUACAUCCAUCAAAUCGGAUAGGACCCAUCCUGUCCGCCAGCCCAGACCAGCGACAAACAAGCAGAACACCCGAGAGAUAACCAGCUUGAUAAGCUUAAGCCCAAACAGACAGCGCAGAUUCAAAACCACGCAAACUGGAAACACCCCGGGAAGACACGGUUCAAUGGGUGACGGGAUACGGGGGCCGCAGUAGGUUCCUAUACAGA